AUGGAUGUCAAUAUAGAGCUGUUACGCUCCAUGCCAUCUAGAACCGCUAGCCGCUCGUCCUCGAGUUACUUCCAGAGCAGCAAUAGCCAAGCACAUCUCGACCAUCCUGCCGCACUGAACUCCUUGGCCCCUAGGCGACCACAGACCAGUCUAAGCGAAUACUCUGGAUACGAUCACUCAGGAAAUAGCACAAGGCCUAACAUCUCAAGACCUUCUACCGUCCACCCUGGAUCAAGACCUGGUACAGCGUCUGGAAGAAAGUCUCGAAACGGAAAUGCCUCUUCCAUCCUCGGGCUUAGCGAGGCGCAGACCAUCGUAUGCGCAGUCAGUGAGGCCCGCGGAGUUUCUCCCGCAGUUGGUAUCGCAUUUGUCAAUGUUUCUCUUGGUGAAGCUGUCAUCAGUCAAAUAUGUGACAACCAGUCGUAUGUCAAGACAAUCCACAAGAUCCAGCUGUCGGCGCCCUCACGCAUUCUCUUCAUGACUACUGCCUGUCCACCAAACAACCCUAGUUCCCUCUUUUCUCUUGUCCAAGACCUUAUUCCUGAAGCCCAAAUCGACGCAAUGGAACGGUCAGCAUGGUCAGAGACAGAAGGGCUGGAGUAUAUCCACAACCUAGCUUUCAAGGAUGACAUCGAACCUUUGAAGGUGGCUACGAAGGGUAAGUUCUAUGCCACUAGUUCUCUUGCCGCUGCAAUGAAGUAUAUCCAGCAACACUUCUCAAUCAACUUCGUGCCGCACUCGCUCCGCAUCCAAUACCGACCUUCAGAAGAUACCAUGAUGAUUGACAUUUCGGCGAUUCAAUCGCUUGAGAUCAUGCAGAAUAUCCGAAACUCAAAGUCUAAGGACUCACUAUUUGGCCUGCUGAACCAUACAUGCACCCCGAUGGGUUCAAGGAUGCUUCGUAGCAAUAUCCUGCAGCCACCCACUCGGCAAGAUCUCUUUAUCAUACCCCGGUAUGAUGCGCUGGACGAGUUAACCACUAAUGAAGAAAUGUUCUUGGAGAUUCGCAAAGGCAAGUUUUGCAGCGAUAACUUGAUCAUUGUUCCCACCAAUGCCGAUGUCCAACAAGUAGAAGAACAGAUCAACCAGGUCCUCAUGAUAAAAAGCUUUCUGGAGUCAAUCCCCAAACUUCACACGGCAUUGGGGCCUGCCAACAGCGUAUUACUAACCAAGGUCCGAGAGCUUUGUCGCCCUGAAAUCACAAGCCACAGUCUCAAUAUUAUCCGUCAGACCAUUGAAGCAGACGUCACUUACAUGAAGUCUGCGCUAGAUCUUCGAAAUCAGAGAACCUUUGCAGUCAAAGCGGGCAUCAACGGAAUGCUUGAUGUUGCUCGCCAGACAUACAAAGAGCUCACCGAAGACAUCCACCAGCACAUCGAUGCUUUGAAUGAGGCACACGGACUUGAUGCCAACCUCCGAUACGAUAAUGGGCGCAAGUAUUGGCUCAGGCUGCGAGCGGCAGACUUCGAUGACCGUCCCCUUCCGGAUUUGUUGAUCAAUGUGGUGCGAAAGAAAGACAAGAUUGAAUGCCAGACACUCGACUUGGUCAAGCUCAAUCUGAGAUUAUCGGAUACCUCCAACGAGGUUGUCAUUCGAAGCGACAAGGUUAUACAAGACUUGCUGAAAGAACUACGCUCUGAUGUUCCACACUUGUUCCGUGUCUGCGAAUCGGUUGCGCUUGUCGACAUGAUCACUUCUUUUGCGCAGCUUGCAACUACCCGGGACUACGUGAAGCCAGAUCUCAGCACGACGCUCGCAUUGAAAGCAGCGAGACACCCUGUCCUCGAUAAAACUAUGAACGGCAGGUUUGUGCCUAAUGAUUACUAUUCUACAGAGCAAUAUUGUUUCCACAUCGUGACGGGUUGUAACAUGAGUGGGAAAAGUACCUACAUACGGGCGGUCGCAUUACUUCAGAUCAUGGCGCAAAUCGGAUCGUUUGUGCCUGCCGAGUAUGCCGCUUUCUCCAUCAUCCACACCAUAUUUGCUCGGGUUUCGCUUGACGACAACAUUGAGAGUAACCUUUCUACCUUUUCUGUUGAAAUGCGGGAAAUGUCCUUCAUCCUGAGGAACAUUGACGACCAGAGUCUCGCUGUGAUUGACGAGUUGGGCCGGGCCACAAGCAACCGAGAUGGCCUAGCGAUUGCGAUUGCAAUGUCUGAAGCAUUGAUUCAAACCAAAGCAUCCGUAUGGUUUGCUACUCACUACAUUGAUCUGACAAAGGUUCUCGCGGAUCGACCAGGUAUUCUCAACCUCCACCUGGCUGCCACUACCUCAACAACUGAAGAUGGAUUGCCUCAUAUUACGAUGCUUUACAAGGCGACCUCUGGUGCCAUCAGAGGCGAAGAGCACUAUGGCAUCAAUCUGGCACGUGCUAUCGGGCUUCCUCAGUCCUUUAUUGACAAAGCAGAAGAAGUGGCGAAGGACAUCAGGCGAAGACGAGAAACUGCCAAGCGUAGCUCAGAGUCAACCAGACUUGUGGCUCGUCGAAAGCUCAUUCUCAACCUGCAGGAUGCCCUUAGACAGGCUAAGGAUUCUGGAAGCGAGGAAGCCCUUCCCGGGUAUCUGCAGCGUUUGCAAGAAGACUUUGUCGCUCGUAUGGAGGAAGUUGACAACAUGUAG